GUAAGUUUAUGUAUCUUGUGAAUGUAAGUAGAAGAUAGAGGGAUGGGAUUUAAAGGCGUGUCGUAUUAAAUAACUGAAUAUAAUGUUUAUAUUUGUAAAUAAACAAUUUUUGACAACGUUGUUGUGUGAAUAUGAAGCCGGGUUUCAGUGUUUAUGGCCGCGGUUUAGUUAAAAAACUGUGGGACAGUUAACCUAAGUGGUUCAGGAAUAAUUCAUUUAAUUUUUGGACAAAUAGUAAACAAAUAAACCCAGAAAAUGUGGAAUAUGAUGUGUGAUGUGAUGCCGACUAUUUCGGAGGAUAGCAUUAGUCAGAGGAGUUCGCAAUUCUCUGGCGAAGAAGCAAAUUUUGAACAGUUGAUGGUUUCGAUGUUAGAUGAGAGAGAUAAGUUAAUGGACAGUCUCCGGGAGUCUCAGGAUAGGUUGGGAGAUACAGAAAUGAAAUUAGCCGAAGUGGAAAAGGAACGAGAUUCACUUCAGAGACAAAUCGCCGCAAAUUUACCACAGGAAUUUGCCACUCUAACGAAAGAACUUAACUCAGCGAGGGAGCAGCUCCUAGAACGGGAAGAGGAAAUUGCCGAACUAAAAGCGGAAAGGAAUAAUACUCGUUUACUUUUAGAGCAUUUAGAAUGUUUAGUUUCCCGGCACGAGAGAUCGCUGCGCAUGACGGUUGUAAAGAGACAAGCUGCUGCGCAGUCUGGUGUUUCGAGCGAAGUAGAAGUGCUCAAAGCGUUAAAAAGCUUGUUCGAACAUCACAAAGCUUUAGACGAAAAGGUUCGUGAAAGACUGAGGGUAGCUUUAGAGAGAAAUUCGUCUUUAGAAGAAGAAUUAGCAUCUACCAAAGAAGAGUUGCAAAAUAUUAAACAGGGAUUACCACAAACCAAUGUACCUGCUAUAGAAGAUAAACCAAAGGAAAAUGGACAAUUGGAAACUGGGGACCAACUUAACAACAGUCACAACAAGGCACUAUCAGGGAAACCACGACUGACUAAUGGAGGUGUUGAAGGAGAAUCUGCGGAAAGCGCUGCGAGAAUAGCGGAUCUACAACAAGCUUUAGAACAACAAACCAAUGAAAUAAGCACGUGGCAGCGACGAGUGGCGGAGAUGCAGAGUCGCGUGGGUGAACUAGAGGAAAAUUUGUCCAAAGCACAAAAAGAUCUUCUUAAAUCUCAGGAUGUUAAUUCGAAACUUCAAAGGGAUUUGAGAGAAAACGUUGCACAAAAGGAAGAUCAGGAAGAGCGAAUCGCUACUUUGGAGAAGAGAUAUUUGAAUGCUCAGAGGGAAAGCACGUCAUUACAUGAUUUGAAUGAAAAGUUGGAACAAGAGUUGCAGCAUAAAGAAGCUCAAAUUAAGUUGCACGAAGAAAAGAUUUCUGCCAUCCAAGAAAAGCUUGAAUUAGCUGAACAAAAACUUGCUCAAUAUUCCAAACUUCCAGAAAUGGAGGAGCAGUUGAAGCAGCGCAUGGAAGCGCUAACCCAGGUGAGACCCCAGGCUCAAGAGCGUCACGGAUCUGCGGAAGAUAGAAUUCAACGCCUAGAAGCCAAUUUAGACGAGAAAAACGCGGAACUUGUGCGACUAAACCAAAGACUGAAAAUGAACGAAGAUCAUAAUUCUCGGCUGUCAGCUACUGUUGAUAAGUUAUUAUCUGAGUCUAACGACAGGUUACAGGAUCAUCUAAAAGAAAGAAUGCAUGCUUUACAGGAGAAAAAUAACCUUACGCAAGAGUUAGAGAAGACUAGAAAGAUGAUGGAAGAGCUGGACCAGCAAAAGGCGGAAAUUAUGAAGGAACUUGCCAAGUCUAGAUUAGAAAUAGAUAAUGUUAAACGACAGAUGUUACAGCAGGAAAUCUCUUAUAAUAUACAGCAAACUGAUGCGCUUACAAGGUCUCUUUCUCCUAAUGCAAUGGAUACAACAAAUUUUUCACGAAGCGCUAGUCAUUCCAGUUUUGAUACACAUUCCCUUCCCCGACGACCAAAUAAAAGCAGAACCCCAAUCGAAGAAGAUCCAAAUAAAAUGUCGUUUAGCGCUAGGUCGAUGGCUGAACACGAAUGGGAAAAAUUACAGCAAGCUCAUGUUUUAGCCAAUGUACAACAGGCUUUUGAUGUUUCCAGCGAUGCUGAGGGUGACGACAACGAGAGUCUAUUCAGUACUGCUGAUAUAUUAUCACCAUCUGGACAUACGGACGCUCAAACAUUGGCAAUGAUGUUGCAAGAACAGCUGGACGCCAUCAAUAACGAAAUUCGCUUAAUCCAAGAGGAGAAACAAAAUACGGAAGCGAGAGCGGAAGAACUGGAAUCUCGUGUUGGUAGUAUGGAGCACAUGAAUCUCUUAGCGCGUGGAAGAAGCUUGGAAAGGCAAUCUCCCCCUGUAAGCGGUAGAUCUACUCCCAAGUCGCACCAUAGUCCUCAAAGGGACUAUUUGCAUAAGUAUCACACGGCCCCAGCAAGUAUGUCUCCAGCUCAUUUGCAACAAUAUCACUCAAGUUUGAGUCCAGGCACUUUGUCUGAAUCGUUACCAUCUAGUCAGUUACAACUGGCACCGUUAACGUCCGACAUGUCUAGAGAAGAGAUGCAUUUAGCAGAUGGUAAUGGAGGAGCUGCGUCUCCUUUAACUGCUCGUUCUAUAAGGUUGGAAAGAGUAGCUCAAGCACUUGCUCACAGCCAGGAAGAACUGAAGAGACGGACUGGUGCUAGUGGACUUUCGCCAGGAAUGAUGUACAGGCAAGGACAGAACACACACACGCCUCCAUCACCUCUAUCCUCUCGUCAUAGCAGCCAGGAAAGCUUGCACAAGAACGCGUAUGGUACCAUGACCGGCCUCUCGCGGGAAGUCACAUCGGCGGCAGCAGCAGCAGCAGCAGCGGCCGCAGCACAAAAGAAAAAGGGCAUCAAGAGCAGUCUGGGAAGAUUCUUCAGCAAGAAAGAGAAGGUAAAAGGAAAGGAAAUGCCAGGAACAGAAAGUAGUUUGAAUUUAAGUCAAAGCAGUAUUGGUUUGCCAGAUGGCGAUUUAAGUGAUAGUAUGAGCAUAUCAGGGAAAUUGGGACAAAAAUCAGGAGAUUUUGAUCGACGUCAAAAGAAAAAAGAACGAGAUUAUAGACACGAAUUAUUGGCAGAAGCAAUGAAAGCGGGAACUCCAUUUGCUUUAUGGAAUGGUCCCACUAUUGUAGCUUGGUUAGAAUUAUGGGUAGGCAUGCCGGCGUGGUAUGUAGCAGCGUGUAGGGCUAACGUUAAGUCUGGUGCUAUUAUGAGCGCUUUAAGUGAUACAGAAAUCCAAAGAGAAAUAGGAAUAAGUAACCCACUUCACCGAUUAAAACUACGCUUAGCAAUUCAAGAGAUGGUAUCGUUAACUUCUCCAAGUGCCCCAAAAACGUCCCGUACGACUUUAGCAUUCGGUGAUAUGAAUCACGAGUGGGUCGGCAAUUCCUGGUUGCCCUCGUUAGGUUUACCCCAAUAUAGAACUACAUUUAUGGAAUGUUUAGUAGACGCCAGGAUGUUAGAUCAUCUAACAAAGAAGGAUUUGCGAGGUCAGCUCAAGAUGGUCGACAGCUUCCAUAGGACUAGCUUACAAUUUGGCAUUUCGUGUUUGAAGAGAUUAAAUUAUGAUCGCAAUUUGCUUGAAGAUAGAAGAAAAAACUGUGAAAAUACUAAUUCAGAUGUAUUGGUUUGGAGUAAUGACAGGUUAAUUAGAUGGGUUGUUAUGAUAGGGUUAAAGGAAUAUGGUAACAAUUUGUUAGAAUCUGGUGUCCAUGGGGCUUUAAUUGCUCUGGAUGAUAGUUUCGAUGCAAACAGCAUGGCUCUUGCGCUGCAAAUUCCAACUCAAAAUACACAGGCGAGGCAAACUUUAGAAGCAGAAUACAAUAAUUUGUUACGAGCAGCAACCGAUAGAAGACCUGAAGAUAUGCGGUCUUGAUAUGGACCAACCGAAUUGCGUACAUAAUAUAAUUAGAAUAAAUUUGAAAGAAAUCUCUUGACCAUGUAGUGUUCCACUGCUCUGAUUUUGCGAAGCAGCCUGUGUGCUACCUCCCUAAUCGUUGAUAUGAAAAUUGAUCGCGAAAUUAUUAUAAAGCGUAUUGUUGGCGUAAGUAAAACUAUUUUUAAUAGUUUUGCGAUAGAUCGAUCUUGCGCAGAUUGUGUGUUAUAUAUCUUUUAAACUUGUAUACUAAGUUAGAAAUAUUUUUAUAUAACACUACAUUAGUUUUGAAACUUUUUACUUAGACAAUAGGCGGGCGACUUAAUUUUAUUGAGUCAAUCAAUUUAUUAAGCAAUUUAAAUAUUCAAAGUAGCUAAUUUAUCAAAAUUAUUUUAUUUUGAUUUUAUAAUUUAGUAUGUAUUAUUUAUUGUUAUAAUUUUUAUUUUUAUGAUAUUUUAAACAUUUUGAUAAGCUCAUUAAUUAUAUUACCCUGCAAAUCAUUACGACGUAGUGUAAUCACUACGACGUAGUGUAACUAUUACCUUUCUACUCAUAUUUAUUAAAUUAACUAAUUUUUGUUCUUAGGAAGUAGGUAUACAAGUUUAUCUAUGAAAAGUAAAGUAUAUUGAGGUGUAUGUAAGAUUGACUAUGAGCUUUAAACCAAGAAUAAAACCUUGUGUUGUAAUAACUUAUAGUAUUAUACAAAAUAAUCACUGUAUAUUUAGGAUGUUUCUUUUCAUAUCAAAACAGUCAUUAUGGAAAGUAUGAUUCACAUAAUGUGUUUUAAUAGAUAUAAAUAUAUAUUUUUUAGUGUACAGAUUUGAAUUUCUGUUUUUAUAUGCGCGUGUAUAUUUUCUUGUUACUUUAUUUCUAUCAUCUAUUUGAAGCUUCAUUCAAAAAGGACAUAAGCAUAAUGUUAAAUUACCAAUUCUAUAAUGACUUACUUGAUACAUACUCACCGUUUAGUAUUACCUAACGGGUAUUUUUAUUACGGUAAAUAUUUUUUUAUACGACUAUAUUAUUUGUUGCAUUUUUAUUACAUAUUUUUUUCUUAUAAAUUAAUCAAAAUAU